ACGGCCGUAACUAGCACACGUGUGAAAAGAAAUGCUGUUCGACCGCUCGACACGACCCGUUUGUUGUUAUUUAAUUUUAAGUUAACUUUUUCAAGAACGACAACAUGAUUGCGCCAAAGAGGAAAAAGAAGACGUUGGCAGAUAAUAUAUCAUUUCUUUUGGCGAAUGAAAACAAGUCUAUCGAUCCAGAAGAUGACAUUCACACAGAGACCAAAGCACGCGUUGUUGACGAUGAUUUUGAUGACGAGUUCCCUGAUGACUCUGUCGCUCUGAGUUCUUUGAGGAAAUCCAAUACCCACCUUCUUGACUCAGUUGACAAGAGAUAUGAAGGAGGAAGAACUUCAAGGAAAGAGCUUGCAAGUGAUUCCGACGAAAGUGAUGCUGACGAAAGCGAUGCUAAUGAUAUUGAAGAAUCAGAACAUAGUGAUAGUGACUACACAGAAAAUACUGUGAAGCAUACCAAAAGGAAAUCGUCUCAGGAAACUGAGGCAGGCGAUGAAGAAGAUGAGAGUGAUGAUGAUGACGAGGAUGAUGAUGAUAUGAAUGUCGAGGAUGAUGAAGACCUUUCAGAUGUAGGAGAAGAAGAGGAAGAUUCUGCAGAAUAUGCCAGCGAAGAUGGGGAGUCCAAGGAAGAUGAGAAUGACAGAGAAAAUGGUUCCCUUGAUGAUAGCAGUAACUUUAGACAUCUAGCCAAUAAAGACAUGAACCAAGAAAUUAAGAAAGGAAAAUGCGUUCGUAAUCAACUAAAUCUUUGGGAUAACUUUGUUGAAUGCCGAAUUCAGCUUCAAAAAUCUUUGUCUCUUAGUAACCAACUCCCACAAUAUGAUAGCUACCCUAUCUUUCGGGAGAAAGGAGGAUCUGAAUUUACAUCUAAUGUGUCGAAAGCUAAGCACAGGCUUACAAAAUUGAUGACUUCAUUAUUAGACCUUCAGGAAAGACUUUUAAAAUCAUACCCAGAGACAAAAAAUCUAGUUCAAGGGAAAAGUGUUGAUGGAAAGGGCGAUGUAAAGGUGCAUGCUAAGGUUGAGGAUGAUAUGGAUGAAGAGAUUACUAGCUCUGAAGAUGAGGAAAAUCCGAAGAGGGCCAUAGAAAGUGAAGAUGAUGAAUCUGACUCUGGACAAAUUCCUAAGAAAAAAAUGAAAAAGGAAAACUUAAGUCAAGUUCUCUCGUCACGGCAUGCCAACUACAUUCCAUACCGUGAUGCAACAAUUCAAAAAUGGAAUAAUAAAACUCAAGUUGCCCAUGGUAGUUCAAGCAGGAAUUUCAGUGCUUUUGAGCAGUCAACCUUGAAACAAAUUGAACAAAUCUUGGCUGACAAAUCACGUGUUAUGAAAAGAACACAAUUAAGACGGUCAGAGUACCAUGUUUUAGGACAACCACUUAAUAAUUCUGCUCCCUCCAAGCCGGAGGAAGAGCAUCAUAAUGGAUCUACUGAAACCCAGGAAUCAAAGAGUGUGGCAGAUGUCAGCAAAGAAUAUGAUCCAGAGAUAUUUGAUGAUAGUGACUUUUAUCAUCAACUUCUAAGAGAACUUAUAGAAAGAAGAUCAGCAGAUGUUACUGAUCCAGUACAACUUGGCAGGCAGUGGAUUGAGUUGCAGAAAAUUAGAAGCAAAAUGAAGCGAAAAAUAGAUGUGAAAGCUACUAAAGGCAGACGUUUGCGCUACACAGUACACCCCAAGCUUGUUAAUUACAUGGCACCUCAACCUUCCAUGGUUAUGAAUGAAGAGGCAGUGACAGAAUUGUACAACUCACUGUUUGGGAAGAAAAUAUAAAACUCUAACAAGUA